UUCGUCUUCGUUCUCCUGACUCUGCACUCACUCUCUGCAAAGAGAGAGAGAGAGAGAGAGAGACAGAACAAAAAGUAAAAAAAGAAAAAGAAAACAAAAAACACAGUGAGCUUAAAAAGAAACCCUAGAAGCUCACCAUUUUGGAAUGGAAAACCUCACACAUUCUCGCCAACCAAACAGGUCCGGCAGCACACUCGCCGCCAAGAAGCCUUACAACAAUGGCGGGGGCGGAGGCUUGUACGACGACGUUUACGGCGGACCGCCGAGGUUCGGAGUGGCUCCUACACUUUCGCCACGCGCCGAGGACUACAGCGAGAUAUUCGAGAGCUUCCACGCCUCACGCGCCACCUCCAUUCCGGUCCUGGAUCUCCCGGCGGUCGACGAGGAAGGCUCCGAGGUCUUCUUCGAUGUCCGGAGCUCCGGCUUCGAUUACUCCGAGGUCUUCGGCGGCGGUGGCGGUGGUGGUGGACUAGAUUUCGCUGUCUCCUAUGAGGACUUGCUUUUUGACUUGUCCAACGGUCGGGAUUUCCAUUCUUCUGAAGAAGAUGAAGAAGCUUGGACUCCAGCAGGAAGUGUAUCUCCUUCAGAAGAGUCUGAUCAUUUUGAAAAGAAUCAUUGCUUCUCAAACGGGGAUUGUUACCAGUCACUUGAUGGUAAUGUGGAGUUCAACAUGUCAUAUCAUAAGGCUACUUUGACAAGCAACGAAGAUUUGUACUGUGGGACAACACAAAUAUCUGAGCUACAUGGUGUUCCUGGAUUCAGUUUUGUUUUUGAUGAAGACACUCCCUUGCAAAAGACAGAAGAUGAUAUUCCAUUCCUGCAGGUGACUGAUGAUGACAAUCUUAACAUGGACUUUAGUGUGGGAAUGAAGGGAAAACAUCUGAAGAAAACCAUAUCACAGCCCCUUAAUGGUAUUGCUGACGGACAGGAAUUUGGAUGUAAUCUUAAACCUGAGAAAGUAUAUAGAAGAAGUGGUUCUCUUCCUAAUGGUUUUGUAACUGUCUCUGAUAUCAGCCUUAGAACUGAGCCCUCCCAUUUGCCACCACCCUCUCGACCACCGCCUGCAGCAGAUGUCAGGAAUGAAGGUUCCAGUCGAUCGACGACAAAUGGUAAUUCUGUUGCUUCUGAAGGGAGUGCAGGUGAUAGUUCACCGCCUUUCUUUGAUGUAGAGGUAGAUGCGAGUUCAUCUGCAGCAGCAUCUGCUGCUGCUAUGAAGGAAGCAAUGGUGAAAGCUAAAGCAAAACUCAGAAGUGCAAAAGAAUUUAUGGAUAGGAAGAAGGAGGGCUUUCAAGGCAGUGCAAAAAUGGGUUCAAAGAAUCAUAAUAUAGAUAAGAUAGAGAAGGUGAGUAAGAUUGUUGAUGAGUGCAACAGUUUGAGAGGUGAGGGUCUGCAGAGCAGUUGUAACAUAGAAGACAAUGGAAUAGAAUUUUCUGUCAGAGAGGAAAGGCAAAAGGUUAUAAAGACAGCCCAGGAAGUUUCAGUUUCAACAGGAGGAAAGCUUCAAAAAGUGGCUAAAAAAUCAACAGAGAAAAAGCAUGGCAAGGAAUCCUUGUCAUCCCUGGGGUCUGAUAAAAUUGAUGGAGGUAGUGAAUGGAAAGAAGAAUCACAAUUUUUUGAAUUGGUAAGAACAGAUACUUCUGAUAAGGCUCUUGAGACAAACCAUGUUCAAACUUCAGUGCAUAAUACAAAAAUCCAUGAGCGAGGGCAGAAGGAUAAAAUGGCAGUCAUGGGAGUAUCUGAGCAACAAGAAGAAGAUAUUAGGAAGGUGAAAUCAGCCAGAGGAAAUAAUGAGCUGGAGUAUGAGAAGAAAUCUAAAGUAGCACAUCAGGCUUGUGAAGGGGAGGAAAACAAAGGGAGAUCAAAAGCUGCUAAAGAGGUGCACAGACAGAAAGGACACGUGAAGAAGGAAAAAGUGGCUCAAGAAGUUUCUGAGCAGGUAGAGAAUGUGAAGAAGGUAAGAAUAGCCCAGAAGCCUUUAGAAUCUGAGAAGAAAUCAACUGGAGUUGAUAUACUAGAAAACUGCAACAACCUGGUUGAGAUCCAGCAGAAAGAAUAUGCAUUUGAAGCUGAGCAGGCUAUGAAGCACAAGGAGAAUAAUGAGCAGCAACUGAAAGAGGAUAAAAAACGAAGGGAAAGUGAGAAAAGACUCAAGGAGUCUUGUGAAAGGGAAGACAAUGAAAAGAUAAGAAGUGAGGUUUUUGGGUGGGAAGAAGUUGAGGAAGGGCUUAAGGAGGCUCCUGAACGAUCAAAACAUGCGAAAAUACUGAAGGAAGCUCAUGAGCAGAAAGAAAGUGAAAAGAGAUUAAAGGAGGUUAUUGAGCGGGAUGAAAUUGAGAAAAAACAGAAAGAGGCAUGCAUAAGACAAGAAGAUGAAAAACGAUUAAAAGAGGUUCUUGAGCAGGAAGAGAGAAAGAAGCGACUACAAAAGGUUCUUGAGCAGGAAGAGCAUGAGAAGAGACUGAAAGAGGCUCUUGAGAGGGAAGAGGAUGAGAAGAAACAAAAAGAAUUACACAAAGGAGAAGAGAGAAAGAAGCGACUACAAAAGGUUCUUGAGCAGGAAGAGCAUGAGAAGAGACUGAAAGAGGCUCUUGAGAGGGAAGAGGAUGAGAAGAAACAAAAAGAAUUACACAAAGGAGAAGAAAAUGAGAAGAGACUAGAUGAGGGUCUUGAGCGGGAAGAAAGUGAAAAGAAACAAGAGGCUUGUGUAAUAGAGGAAAAUGAAAAGAUAUUCACAGAUGCUUGUGAAAAAAAAGAUGAGAAGAGUCUAUAUGGAGCUUCUGAGCAAGUAGUUAACAGUUACAAACUGAAAGGGGCUCAGGAAAGAAGAGAACAUGAUGGGAGAUCCAGAAAAGGAUUUGAGCAGGAAGAAAGUAAGAAGGAACCAAAAGAGGCUAGCACUUGUGAAGAGACUGGGAAGAGGCUCAAAGAUGCUGGUGGGAAGGAAGAAUUGAAGGGACUAAACAUAGUGCAUGAGCAAUCCGAAGGGGAUGGCUACAGGAAGGCACAAAAAUUGGCUAAAGGAAUCUGCGUGCACAUGGAUGGGGAGGAUUUUGGGGUAUCUGAUGGGGCACAGAAGCUGGAGGAUAAUGACAACCUUCAAGCACCUAAGUUAGCCUGCACAAAUGAUAAACACAGUGGAAAGCUGGAAGAAACUCAAGAGGCCCUUGCUCAAGAGGAAAAUGGAAAGAAAAAGUCUGAACUCAAAAAUAAAGAAAAGGAUUCAGAAGUGGUUGAAACUGCAAAUGUACUGGUUGGUGAAAAAUCGAACCAAUUUAGAACAGAAGACGCUAAAAAGUCACCCCAUUUGGAUGAUGGUGUGAAGAAGGCAGGUGAACCUGGUGUUGGUGUUAGACAGACACACAUCUUUAAAAGUAAGAGUCUCUCCCAACUGGACUCUGAUCCUAUAAAUAAAGAGAGGAAAUUUGCUCAUGAAUUGGGAGAGAGAGGAAAUAAUACAAAGCAGACCCAGGCUGUUUUAAACCAGGAAGAAAGCAAAGACGCAGUCAUGUCAACUCAUGUGAUGAAAGAUGGGAUUGAAAAUGGAAGGAAAAUGGAAGCAGCUCGGCCAGCUAUGGUAGAAAUAAAAGGAAACAUCCAAAAACCAGCUGUGCGUGUUAAUGCAAGCCAGACUACAGAAAGAAAAGAGAAGAAUCUUAAUGAGUCCUUAACAUCAGAAGACAAAGAAACUGAAAGGAUGAAGAGAGAAAGAGAGCUGGAGAUGGAACGCAUUAGAAAGAUAGAAGAAGAGAGGGAGAGGGAGAGGGAAAGAGAAAAAGAUAGAAUGGCUAUUGACAGGGCAACACUUGAAGCUCGUGAAAGGGCAUAUAGUGAAGCCCGUGAGAGGGCAGAUAGGGCUGCUGUGGAGAGAGCAAUGGCAGAGGCUCGUGAAAGACUAGAGAAGGCGUGUGCUGAGGCUCGGGAGAAGUCUUUUGUGGAGAAGGCAUCUAUGGAAGCAAGGAUCAGAGUAGAACGUGCUGCAGUGGAGAGAGCAACUGCAGAGGCUAGAGAGCGUGCUGUGGGAAAAGCAAUGGCUGAUAAGGCUUCUUUUGAGACAAGAGAACGAGUGGACAGAUCUGUUUCUGAUAAAUAUUUGGCUUCUUUCAGAAGCAGUGAAAUGAAACAGAGUUCUUCAGUUUAUGGAGCUGCCUAUUAUACUGAGAGACCUGAAGGAGUUGAAGGUGAAUCAGCUCAGAGGUGUAAAGCUAGAUUAGAGAGGCAUCAGCGUACUACUGAACGCGCAGCAAAAGCUCUUGCAGAGAAAAAUAUGCGUGAUCUCCUUGCUCAAAGAGAGCAAGCUGAGAGAAAUAGAUUAGCAGAAACUUUGGAUGCUGAUGUCAGGAGAUGGUCAAGUGGGAAAGAAGGGAAUCUGCGUGCAUUGCUUUCAACAUUGCAAUAUAUCCUUGGGCCUGACAGUGGUUGGCAGCCAAUACCUUUAACAGACGUCAUAACUUCUGCUGCUGUAAAGAAAGCUUACAGGAAAGCCACUCUUUGUGUUCAUCCUGAUAAAUUACAACAACGGGGUGCAAGUAUUCAGCAGAAGUACAUAUGUGAAAAGGUCUUUGAUCUGCUAAAGGAAGCUUGGAACAAAUUCAACUCAGAGGAGCGGUAGCCCAGAUGUCAGUAUGUACGAUGAAUACACAUAUAGUCACAUUGCACAUUUUGUAAUUUUAUACUUCCAAGUGUAUAUCUGUAUGUGCGGUAUGUUGUGGGUUCGAGUAUAGGAAUCAGCCUCUCCAAAAAUUUGGGAUAAGUCUACAUACCUAUCAUCUCUCCAAGAUGCUACAGAGCAGCCCUUAUGCACUGGGAACGAAGUGUAUAUCUGUAUGCCCAGAUAAUUCUUGUUAUCUAUGUGGUCUAUGAAUGUAAGCUUAAGCUCAAGUAUAUAUAGGUACGAAGCAAACACUGAUGAACUGUUCAUAAUUGGACAUUCCAUUGAUCAUCGGAGUAAUUUAUGGAUAGAAAAGCAGAAUUACAAAGUGA